UGACUGUGGUUCUCUGACCGCUGCUAGCUGGCGCACGGACUCAAAAAAAAACAAAAACUGCCCUUCGGUGCUUAUGUGGUUCACUUAUAGUUCAUGAUGGAUCUUCCGUGUCCUCAGUGGCAAGAACAUGUUGCAGAGAAAUGGACCGGACUCGACCCUGAGCUAAAGGAACAUUUUACAUCCCUGCUUGAAAUAGAUGAUGUUUUCAAAUGUAGCCUAACUCUGACAACCCAAGAUGAUCUGGACUUCCUGCAGUCAAUCUCUGCAGGACACUCUGUACAGAAGCACACAGAGCAAGCAGCCAAAUGCAGGGAGAGGGGCAACUCUAGUUUCAAGACCAGAGACUACACAGCUGCCGCUCUGCACUACUCACAGGGCAUAUGUUUUGCUCCCCAACGUUCGGAGCAGCUGUCGUUGUGCUAUGCCAACCGCUCUGCUGCGCUCUACCAUCUGCAGCACUAUCAGGAAUCCCUUGAUGACAUUGACAAAGCUUUAAUUAACGGCUAUCCCUCUCAUCUUUUACACAAACUGGAGGACCGCCGCACACAGAGCCUCAAGCACCUGUCUGUAGAUCAAAAGGUAAAAGAGGUUCAUCAUAAUCCUGCCUUAGAAAGUCAUAAAGGUCCAGACAGAGUAAAAAAGGCAUCUUUUGGACUUCUCAAAUUUGGGAUUUGUCCUCAAGCUGCAGUUGUCUUCAGCCUGGAGAAAGGUCGACACCUGGUGGCUGCAGAGAGAAUAGCAGCUGGGGAGGUGAUCCUCAAUGACAGGCCAUACAGCUGUGUCCUUAUACCAGGGAUGGAGGAGGUGAAGGGGAAGGAAGGAAGGCAGAACAAAGAGAGAGGAGAGUUGUUUGGGAUGGAGCACAGGCGCUGUCACAGGUGUUUGACUGAGACGCUGUGUCUUGUGCCGUGUGAGGGCUGCAGUUACAGCCGAUACUGUUCAACUUCCUGUCAGCGAGAUGCCUGGGAAGAACAUCACCGUUGGGAGUGUCUACUGGGAGCAGAUCUGACGGUGAUGGGUGUGAUGUCACAGCUUGCUCUGAGGGUAACACUAAAGGCGGGGUUAAAAAACAUCCAAAUGGCCACGGAUGCAAUCAGAGACAAGCACACAAAGUCAGAGUCAAGCUGUCAAAACAGAGAGUCCAGUGAUUCCUAUCCAUGUCAUACUUCAUGCUUUGGUGACUCUUACAUGAGCGUGUUUCACCUGCUGCACCACCUGAAUCGUCACAGCCCCGAGUUGCGUUUCCUGUGUGCGGUUACCGUAGCAACACUCUAUCUAAAGCUCAGCAAGGCAGGACCUCCACCUGCAUCUUGGGACCUCAGCAGACCCUCAGGGGCAAACGGCCUCUCACCAGAAGAGAAGGGAGGUAUCGUGAAUUGGAGCUCGGAGCUGUGGCUGCUGGGAAGUGCAGUUCUGAGGCACGUCCUGCAGUUGAGGUGCAACGCCCAGGCAAUCGUCACGCUGCAAGAUACGGGAGCAGCAAACUCGCCAGUGCAGUCCAGCAGGGAAAUCCGCAUUGCUACGGCGAUAUUUCCAACUCUUAGUCUUCUGAAUCACUCCUGCUGUCCCAACACCAGCCUGGUGUUGAGCACUGGAACAAAUUCAGAUCUGCUUGCAGACCUCAGCGAGAGCGUAGCUGAGCUCACAAGCACAGCCCACGGAGUCAUAGCAACUGUCAGAGCAGCCAAAGUUAUUACUCCUGGCCAAGAGAUCCUUCACUGCUAUGGUCCUCAUAGCAGUAGGAUGGCAACCCAGGAACGCCGGCAUCUCCUGCAGGAACAGUAUUAUUUCCUGUGUCAGUGCGAGGCCUGCACUCUGCAGCAGCCGGAGCAGGAGGAGGGUACAGAAGGUAGACAGCACUGGUCAGAUGCUGGAGGCAGACUACAUGAGUCUGGACUUUUGUGUGGCAAGUGCAAAGGCUCCCUCAAAAAAAGCAGUGAGGACAGAGGAACAGGAUUUAUAUGUUCACAGUCAUCCUGUGGUCAUCUUAUGUCUACAGCUGAAGUGAGCCACAGGCUGCAGGAGAUCAGGGUCAACCUGGAGAAGGCUGUGGACCUCAUGGAGAGAGAGAGGCCAGAUGAGGCUCUGAGACUGUUGAGAAGGACUCAGUGUCAGUCUGGACUGAUCCUUGCAGGGACACACCCACUACAGGGGGAGCUGUCAGAUGCCACGGCGAGAGCAUAUGCUACAAUGGGGGACUGGAACAAUGCAGCCUCCCAUCUGGAGCGAAGCGCUGUAGCUAUUGGCUCCCAGUACGGAGAAGACAGCAUUGAAUUGGGUCGACAGCUCUUUAAAUUAGUUCAGCUACACUUCAAUGGUGGUGCCCGAGACCCAGCUCUCUCUGUUAUCCCCAAGGUCAGACAUCUCCUCUGCCUUCACUGUGGCCCUCGCUGUCAUGAACUACAGGAACUGCAAGCUAUGGAGGACUGUCUCCAGGUGUAGUCUUACUGCUACACAAGAGUUAAAAUCUUAACAAUAAAAUCACAGUUUUGAACUGCAAAAUCAGA